CCUGUCGGGAAGCAAAAGCCUGUUUGUUACCGUGCCUGUGUUUUGUGCCAAUUAGGAGGCAGUUACACUGAAAAAUGUCUCUUUGAUGUAAAUCUCUUCAGGUAGUGAAUGUUAAACACCACGCACCGCUGGGUAGGUGUAUGAUUUUGCAGGAUCGGAGCCUGCAUCCAGGAGUAAUUAGCAAGACUGUGCCAAUCUUCAGUCCACAAACUGGACUGCUGGGCCUGAUGCUACGGCUACCCAGUGGGACGUCGUAAUUAGCAGAGAUGCAACAUGCAGAAUAAUUGGGAGGAUAAGGAAAUGCCACUGAAGUUUAUAUAAGGGGAAAAAUUUCCUUAGAUCUAGACAAUCUCGUGUCACCAUGAAACUUUCGGCUCUUCUUUUGCGGGGGUGUGCCGGAGCACAGCUAUUAAAAAGUGGUAAUUUCGGUUCCGCUGUGAUGUGGCCGUCAUUGCCUGAGGAGCGAGGAGGGCCCGGGGCUGUGCCCGAGACCCUCUGCCGGGGGGAUGGGGACAGGGAUGGGGUCAGGGAUGGGAACGGGGACAAGGAUCAGGGAAGGGAACGGGGAUGGGGACGGGGACAAGGGUCAAGGAAGGGAUCGGGGAUGGGGACAGGGAUGGGGACACGCCAGCGGAGCCCGCCCCGCCCCGGCGCCGCCCCGGGGGCACCGCCGGCCGCUUUCGCUUUAAGUUUCGCUUUAAGUUUCGCUUUCGCUCCCGCCCGGCCGGACCCAGGACCAAGAUGUCAGAGGAUCAGCGUGGUGAUCUCCCUGCUGGAGAGGAAGGUGAUGAGGAUGGCUCUGAUGCAGUUGAUGCAAGGCCAGACAGAAGCAGCAGGUUCUCACUUUUUGGAAAAAAAAGGAAGAAUGGAGAAGAAGAGCAGCCAAAGCCCUCUCUCAGUAAUCAAUACCGAAUUGUUACACCCACAUUCCAGUAUAAUAUGGAUUACAAGAAAGUUGGCAAAUGUAUUAUUAUAAACAACAAGAAUUUUGAAGACAAAACAGGAAUGGGCACACGUAAUGGCACCGACAAAGAUGCUGGAGAUCUUGCUAAGAGUUUUAGAAACUUAGGGUUUGAGGUUUUUACAUACAAUGACCGAAGCCGUGAUGAUAUGGAAAAAUUACUGAAGCAAGCUGCUGAGGAGAACCACAGUGAUGCUGCCUGCUUUGCCUGUAUCCUCUUAAGCCAUGGGGAAGAAGGGCUCAUCUAUGGCACAGAUGGACCCAUGGCUAUCAAGAGUCUGACUGCCCUGUUCAGAGGAGACAAGUGUAAAAGCCUUAUAGGCAAACCCAAACUGUUUUUCAUUCAGGCCUGCAGAGGCUCUGAAUUUGAUGAAGGUAUACAGACUGACUCUGGACCUGCCAAUGACACCCUGGAGACAGAUGCCAACCCGAGAUACAAAAUCCCAGUAGAAGCAGAUUUUCUGUUUGCUUAUUCCACAGUGCCAGGUUAUUACUCCUGGAGAAACCCUGGAAGAGGCUCCUGGUUUGUGCAGUCCUUGUGCUCUGUGCUAAAUGAGCAUGGAAAGCAGCUUGAGAUCAUGCAGAUCCUCACUCGGGUCAACUACGUGGUGGCCACGAAUUUCGAGUCCCAGUCUGACGAUCCCCGCUUCAGUGAGAAGAAGCAGAUUCCCUGCGUGGUCUCCAUGCUCACUAAGGAACUGUACUUCUGAAAGUGCAUUUUAAUGCAGCCCAUGGUGAAAGGUCAGGGUAUGGUUUUGGGUGGAGAUGUGUUUGUAAACAGGAGUAACACAUUUUUAAUAACAGAAAUGUAAUAAAACUAGAUUGUUAUGUUGUAUAAGAUGGGGUAACUGAUGGAUGGACAAUAUGCAAUAUUUUAAAGAAGCUGUGGGCCAGCCUGACAGUUACUACUAAUUAUUGUAUCUUGGUUUCCUUUAGUGUGACUGUCAUGAUUUAUGGCUGCUGAAGAUGUUAUGAGUCAGCUACCUGACCCAUAAAGUUUAUUCCCAGAAAGCAGAUUGAAAUUAAGAAUAAAACAAAAAUCUUGAGACUCCUUCUCAUUCACUGCUAUCUCAUGGAACCAUAACCUCCUUGGAAAUUUCCAAAGACCAUCAUAUUAUGGGUAUGUCCAGUAAUAAAACAGUUUGUAGCUAUUUAAAAGGGUGUUUCUUAGUCUAAUAUAUUAAUUUCCUUUUAAUGAACAUUAUUAAUGAAGGCUAAUGGUUGCUCUGCGCUCAAUCUGGAAGUCAGUUUACCUAGACAUCAUUCUAGCAUAAGAUGAAUGUAUAAAAAUUAGUACUUUAGAUUAUUUACCUGAAAACUACAGAAAUGUAAUAAAUCAAACAAUGACAAUUAAAAUCUUUGUAAAGAAUUGGCAAAUUUUACUUGGAUGAUACCAUAUUAAAGUGCCAUUGUAAAGAUAUUUUGCCUUACAAAUGACAGUUGACUGAGAGAACAAUCUGAAAUGGUGGUAUUGCAGUUCUUCUGCUUGCAGAAAUAAAAAUGUCUGCUUGAUUCAGAACUUUUGAACCAUAAGAAAAUGACAAGGGUUUAUUAUAAAACAUUAAAAUUUAAUGUCGAAAAGGUAGAAUUAUGUGUUCCAGUAACAAUGGAUGUUUAGAUUUAACUUGUAGUUGUGAGGAGUUUUGCCAAAACUGGAAAUGCUUACUUGAAUCAGAAACCAGAAGUGCCUUCUUAGUUACUGUACGGUCUUGAUUUUGUGUUUUAGAGUUAUGUUGGUGAUGUUUAUAUUUCUACUUUUUAUAUUCACUUUAGUUGGUAGCUAGGUCAAAAAAAUAAGUUUAAUUAUUUGGUUAAACUGAUAAAGAAUUAGUUGUUCACCCUUUUCCCAGUUAAUGUACUCUCCUUGCAAUCUUCUGAGAAAAUAAGUGCAUGGUAUUAAAGCCAAGUUACCAAAUUGUUAGGUUUAUUUUCUUACAAAUACUGUGACAUAAUGAGAUAUAUAUAUUUUUUUUCAUAAGUCAAAUUUACAGUUGCUUGAAUUAAAUAAAUGGUGCUUUAUGGAUAUAUUGAGCAUGAUAUCAAUAAAGACCUUUUCUAAAAAA